ACGCCCUCUGGCGAGUGAGAAAAGCGAACUGUAGAAGAACUGAAAAUUGAGUGAAUUUGAAGGAGGAAAAUCACAAUUUUGUCAUGGAAUUGCAGGACUCAUUCUACAUUAAAGCAGAAUAUAUAGAAACUGCAUCUGGCAACAAAGUGAGCAAGCAGUCUGUGCUAUGUGGAAGUCAGAACAUUGUAUUGAAUGGAAAGUCCAUCAUCCAUUCGGAGUGUAUUAUCCGCGGUGACCUAGCUAAUGUUCGUAUCGGCAGACACUGUGUGAUCAGCUCCAGGACGGUCGUCAGACCACCGUUCAAGAAAUUCAGCAAAGGGGUGGCGUUCUUCCCUCUUCAUAUAGGAGAUCAUGUGUUCAUUGAUGAAGAUUGUAUAGUCAAUGCUGCUCAAGUUGGCUCAUAUGUACACAUAGGAAAGAAUUGUGUCAUUGGAAGGAGAUGUGUCUUAAAGGACUGCUGUGCAAUAGCUGAUAAUACCUACCUGGCCCCAGAGACCGUUGUCCCACCCUUCACAGUGGUGUCCGGAAACCCAGGUGCGGUAUCGGGUGAACUACCGGAGUGCACACAGGAGCUCAUGGUGGACGUCACAAGGGGGUACUAUCAACAUUUCUUGCCAAUACAGGAGGCUAAAUGAGCCCCCUUUCACAUUUUAGAAAUCGAGGGGCCAGUGACACAAAGACGUUACUCCAUUUUGGCCAUUUUGAGAAAAAGUGGUUUAUGUGUCACUGAGCACUUGGGAAUUAAUAAGGAGUUAAGUCUAUGU